AUGUCAACGUACCUCUCUGAUAAGUUGACAGGGCACACCGGCGAGCAAAUCCGAUCGCACAGGCUUGCCUGCUCGAUCAUUAACUUCCACGAAACGCCGGACGCUGUCCUAGACCAGUCCGAGCUCGACCUACUUAAACGCUUCACGGACGAGCCGUCCAUUGAAAAUCGAGACAAGAUCCUCAAAGAGAAGGGUUGGGUUGAUGAGCCUGGUCAGCGAGGGGGGAGUAAGGCAGCAGGCAGCGGAAGCCUGGCUGGCCAUUUGGUCUCCCAGUAUGGGAGCGGCGAGCCUGCCUUGGAUGACCGAGACUGGGAGCUUCUUACAGAAUGGUUCGCAAAAGGAAUGCCCACAGGCGAGCAUGUCCAGCGUUGA